AUGAUUAUUCUUUUACCAACCUUUGCAAUUUCACUAGCUGCACGGGUUCCAGCCGGCACGGAAUUGGUUUGUUGCAAGAACUCCUCUGCUGAGUGGAACAAAAUCCCUAUUUCGCCGAUAGAGGACGACAGGUCUGCUCCCCUGCUGCAGUAUGCUGAGUGGUCUCCUGUCGGCUCCGGGCUGGUCUUCGUUUAUGACAACGACAUUUACUACAAACCCAAAGUUUUGAAGGCCUUGGUGUGCAGGAUCACUAGUAACGGUUAA